AUGGAAGCAAGCAGUUUUAAGCGAUCAUCACAGCGAGACGAAGAAAAGAUAAAUGUAUACUUAGAGGUCAAUAAGAAAGUUUGUUUAAAUAUAAAGAGGUCGGAGACCAUUAGAAAUGUGAAAGCGAUGUUAUGUGAGAAGGAAGGUAUAUCCGAAUAUCUGCAGGAUCUCUGUUUUAAAGGUGACCUUCUCAAGGAUGCCCAGAGUCUGGUAGAUUGUGGAAUCGAUAAAAAUUCAACUGUCCAAGUUUUUGUCCAUAUACCUAUCAAUCUGUUCAUCAAAAUGCCAGCUGCUAAGAAAACAAUUACUGUUGAAGCAAAGCCUAGUGAUACCAUCCAGAACAUCAAAACUCGGAUCAGGGAGAAAGAAGGCUUCUGUUCAGAUCAGUACACUCUGAUUUCUGCUGGAAAGCCACUUGAUGAUAAUCAGACUGUAGAAGGCCUCAACAUUCGAGGUGGUUCGACCCUUCAUAUGUUGUUGAAUCCAAAAGACAUGUUGCUAAUUUCUGUAAAAAUGCGAACUGGAGAGAUUCUGAAGUUAGAAGUUAAGCUCUUGCACACAAUUUGCGACGUCAAAGCAAUACUUGAGAGCAUGGUUGGUUCGUCUCUUAAUGAUAUGGUACUAACAUAUGCUGGAAAGCAACUGGAGGACUCAAAGACUCUCUCUUCUUUAAACAUCAAAGAAGAAUCAAUUUUAGAAAUGUUGCCUCUUUCUUUUCCAAUAUUUAUCAAGAGCUCGUGUGGCAAAACUAUAACUUUUGAUGUGCAUCGACAUGACAUCAUUAAAUGUCUGAAGGGCAGGAUCCUUCAAAAAAUAAAAGUGCCAACUUAUUUCCAGCUCAUGUUUGAGGGAAAACGUCUAGAAGAUGAUCGAGAUCUGGGUAGCUACAAUAUUCAGAGUGACUGCACCCUCCAUUUGGUUUUCUGGCCAUCAACCUUAAUCCGCCGGACUAAACUAUCUAUUGCAGGUAGUAUAGAUAUACAAGAUUCUACUACCAUUAAUGACUUGAAGAAGAAAAUUCAGCUAGUGAUGGACAGGCCUGUGAGAGAACUAAUCUUGGAUGGCAAGGCAUUAGAAAGUCAGCUAACCAUUGGUGAUUAUGGUAUUAAAAUGAACACAGUUAUUGAUGUGGCUUUGGAAGUGCAAUGA